AACGAAACUUUGGAACUUUUUCCUAAUUUACUUUUUGCUCUAAAUCAAAAUUAUAAAAUAUCUACUGCAUUAUUCUCUGGUAUCGGUAUCGCUCAGAAAAAUGAAAGAGGUAAAAGCGAGCGCCGCUUGGGUUGCUUCCCAGGCUUCUCAUGUCUUCAUCGAUUCUUCAGAAUUAGAGAAGGUGGUGGAGAAAACAAAGGACGCAAUACCCAAAGUAGAAUGGGAUUAUGAAGGGAUACAUUACUUUGAUGAUGGACCUCUCUCUAUUCAGUAUCUUCUCGUCUUGGAUUCCUUGAACUUUUGCUUUUGGCCUGAUGAGGAGUUAAAAUAUGAUCAUCUUGCUUUGGGGUUAAAGAGAGCUCUGGAGCAUGACAAAUCUGCCUUCGAUGCAGAUCGUCUACAAAAGUACACAGGCCCUGAACUAAGAGAGAUGUUGAAAUGGCCGAGGCCACUUCCUUUAGAAGAUGAACGAGUUCGCCUACUUCACGAGGUUGGCCGUGUACUGGAGAAGAACUUUGAGGGGAAAGCGUCCAAUCUUGUGGAAUCAUGUGAAAAAUCAGCGGUUAAACUAGUAGCUCUUGUAACUCGUCACUUUCCUGGUUUUAGAGAUCACACAGUAUAUAAAGGUCAUCAGGUUUUUUUGUACAAACGAGCCCAGAUAUUUGUUGCAGAUUUGUGGGGUGCAUUCAAGGGCCAGGGUUUCGGGGAGUUCAGUGACAUAGGUUCGGUCACAAUAUUCGCCGACUACAUUGUCCCCGCUGUUCUGCAGCAUUUUGGUGUGUUAAACUACAGUGCAUCCCUUGCUAGCAUGGUUGAAUCAAAUAGUGAAAUAGGUUCUGGCACUGAGGAGGAGGUAGAGUUGCGAGCUUGCUCCAUCCAUGUUGUGGAAAUGAUGAAGGAUUUGAUCCAGAUAAAAUAUGGAAAGCAGGUGUCAAGUGUGGAGCUGGAUCUUUGGCUAUGGUCAUAUGGCAUACAGUUGCCUUCUCUCGCUCACCACAGGACACUUUCCAUAUACUACUGAAGCUAUGCUAUUGCCAAACUCUUUUUAUCUCUUACCCUUUUGUACAUGUUGAAGGAUAGGGGGGGGGGGGGGGAAUUAGCAUGAAGUCUUAUGAUAUUGUUAAAUUAGGAUGAUUACUGGAUUCAUUAAGCUAAUGCAACUAUGCAAGUCAUUUUGGUCAUAUUUUGUGGAAUCCACAUCAGUGCAGGAUUUGCAUCCUUCUUUCUGGCUGCACAAACAGGAAUCACUCAACUUUCUCUUCUGAUGUUUAGUGUUUUUUUUGUUUUAA